AUGCCAUCAACAACUUCAGCUCUUCUCCUUUUCAGCCUUCUUUUCCUUGAUUUGGCCGUUCUUCCACAUGCUCAAUAUGUCGGAGCUCGAGCCUAUUUAUUGCAACAAAAAAUGGAAUGCAAAGGAGGAAAAGUAUACGAUAUCGACAAUGUACAAGACAUUGAACAAUGCAAAGAAGCGUGUCGUCAGUUUGAUUGUGACGGUGUGAACCUCUUCCAAGUCGGCGAAUUUGCCUUCAAAUGUGAGAUUCUGAGCUAUGUAACAAACUUGCAACCCGCAAGCGGAGCUGCCUGUUAUUACGCUCAAGAUGCUCUCAAUGGAGGAUUUAACGGAGGAUUCAACGGAGGAUUCGGAUAUCCAGGAUUCGGAAAGAAAAGAAAGUAA